AUGGCUUUAUUGAUGAGAAAUGUCUGCAAAGUAUUGUCAAAGACAACCCAAAAUGGUGCAGUCCGGAGUUUCAGUGCCAGCAAAGUGCACCACCAGGAAUCACUGGUUGAACAGGAAGGUAAAACCAAGUGCACAUUGAUACCCGGUGAUGGUGUUGGUCCUGAAUUAGUAUUGUCAGUUCAGCAAGUAUUUAAAGCUGCCAAUGUUCCAGUUGAAUUUGAGCCUUACUUUUUGUCAGAAGUAAAUCCUACUUUAAGUGCUCCUCUUGAACAAGUUUCAAACAGUAUUGCGAGGAAUAGAGUAUGUUUGAAGGGAAUCCUAGCAACACCAGACCAUUCGCACACUGGCGAGCUGCAAACCCUGAACAUGAAGCUGAGAAACAAGCUAGACUUGUACUCAAACGUAGUUCACGUAAAAUCGCUGCCAGGAGUAAACUCCCGUCACAAGAACGUCGACUGUGUGAUAAUCCGAGAGCAGUCUGAGGGAGAGUACUCUGCUUUGGAGCACGAGUGUGUAAAAGGCGUCGUCGAGUGCUUGAAAAUAGUAACAGCUACCAAGUCCCAGAGAAUUGCCAAGUUUGCGUUUGAUUACGCUGUAAAAAAUAAUCGCAAGAAGGUUACUUGUGUCCACAAAGCCAAUAUUAUGAAACUUGGUGAUGGAUUGUUCUUGAAAUCUUGUCAAGAAAUCGCUAAACUAUAUCCCAAACACACAUACUCAGAAGCAGUUGGUAAAAACGUCGCCAAUCCAACAGCCCUGAUUUUAUGCAGUGUUAAAUUAUUAAACCACAUCAACUUGAAGCGUUACGCAGUGCAAAUCCGCGAGGCUCUUAACCGCGUGUUAAACGAGGGUAAAGUACGCACGAAGGACUUGGGAGGACAAAAUUCCACCACGGACUUCACUCAAGCUGUCAUCAGCGCUCUUCAUCAUCUGUUGGCAGUAAUACGCCAAGAAAUAGUUAAAAAUCAUCUCCUGGUGACAGCUAUCAUCCAGACUGAAAUAAAUGUUAAGAAGAAAGCCGAGCUGAUGCAAGAAGUGGAGAAACGCAAGAGCCAACUGGUGUUUGCGUUGGCGGCAUUCAAAAAAGCAAACAUCGUCGGUGCUUGUGUAAUUGACAAAAUGGCCAAAGAUGAAUUGAUGUCCACGUCAGAGGAGCAGCAGAGGAUGUUGAGAAAGAGGCGAGAUAAAAGAGGUCUUGCUGAUACCGCAAACAAAGUAAACGGAACGAAAGACGAGCUAGAGCAACAGCAGCAAGCAAUAAUUCUAUCAGGAAAAUUAUUAGGGAAGUACGGCCGGCGUGAAGUAACUGAUAAAGCGUUACUGACAUUAGCCUUCAUAUUUUUCCUUGCUUGCGUAGCGUAUGUUUUACAAAAAAGACUUUGGUAA